UCAAUAGCAUCAUCAGUGAUAAAUAAAUAAAUAAUCAUAAUGAAAUUACUGUUACUCAUGCUGUUAUUUUCGCCUCUGGCAAUAAAUUGUGAGACGAAAAAAGAAGAUAAAAAAAUAAUAAAUCCAAAUGACGAGCCAUUUCUUCCGAUAAAUCCAAAUUAUCAAUUAAACACAAAAUUAACAAAACGUGGAGUAGAAAAAAAUAUAAAUGAAAUUUUAAGUCAUUUAAAUGCAGAUGUAUAUCCAACAAAAAAUACACCAAAUUAUAAUGAAAAUUAUUAUCACGAUUUGCAAGCAAAUAUUCCUGUUAUACAAUCAUCAUCAUCACCACAAUCAUAUGAUAUUCCAUCAGUACCAGUGCAAACAAUAUUACCACCAGUAUAUGGUCCACCUGAUCAAUCACAACGUCAAGAAAAUAUAAUUUAUUCAACUGGUCAAAAUGGUUAUUCAACAUACUACAAUAACAAUCCAACAACAUACAAUAGCCAACAGUCUGUGUCACCAGGACAAUUAAAUCAAUACACUGUUCCUGAAAUGCAAUAUUAUUAUUCUAUCAAUCAACAACCUGACAUAACUUAUUCAAUUGCUACAUCACAAGAUAAUUCUGAAAUUCCAACAGGUACAAUUGAAAUGGUUGAUGAAAAAUAUAUAAAACAACAACAACAACAACAACGUGUUAAAUUAAACGAUGGUAGAACAUCAAAUAACAUCAAAGAUACUCAAUUUAUGGAAGGAAUUAAUUACAUUACAAAUAGCCAAAAAGAUCUUGAUACACAAUCAACAACUAACAAACAACCAAUUGCUUAUAAUUUAAUAGAAAAUCAAUCUGAUUUACAUAUAAGAAGUGCUCAAUUACCAAGUAGAAAUAUUAUGAAAUAUUCAAAUAAUGGUGGACAACAACAAAUUGGCAAUUAUCAAUUACCACAAGUUUAUAAACAACAACUUGAUCAAUUAAUGAGUCAAGCAUUGGCAAAUUUUUUUAUGCAAAAUGGAGCUAUUAAUCAAGGUCAAAAUAGUCAAUAUGAUUUAAAUCAAGUACAAAGUCCAGUAAAACCACUGACACAACCAAGCCAAGUUAUUGCAAAAACUGGUCUUGCAUAUGUUAUGAAUCCAUCGUCAUAUCAUAUUGUACCAAGACACAUAGCGAAAAAUCCAUCAUCAUCACAAGUCAUUCAAGCAUCACCAAGUAGCCAUGGUAAAAUUAGAAAACCACAAACAACAGUAUCAGUUGAACCAUCACAAUCUUAUUACAUACAACCAAUGAAAUCAAUGAAACAUCAUCAACACAAUGUUCCUCAUACAACAUCAGAUUUUUUAAAUUAUGAAUAUCCACCUGGUAUGAAUCAUGAUGCUGAUACUGUUCCAUUAUUUGAUUUAAAUAAAGCCAUUCAAAAUUAUUCACCAAGUGAUGAAGUUUAUACAACAUAUCCUGGAUCACCAGUUGAAUAUAAUCAUUAUUAUCAACCACGACAAAUUUCAAAGUAUUAUAAAACAUCAUUGGAUGAUGGUAGUUUUAAAAGAAAUAGCAGACGUUCACCAAAACCACCAACCAUUUACAAAUAAUAUUAAUUAAUAAUUAUUAUUUGUUAAAUUUAUUGUUAUUAUUUUUUCUUUUUGUUAUCAUACCAGUCAAAUAUUUUUAUAACACAUUGAUUACAUUAUUUUAUAU